AUGGGGCAGAUUCUCAUCGCUCUCGUAGGGGGCGUCAUUUGCCUGGUGCUCUACUUGCUCAAGCUGAACUCGGUGCUUUCGCACACGCCUCAAGAGGUGGUUGAUAGGGCAGGAGAACCACUCACGCGAGAGCAUAUCAAAGAUGUGUUUGAGCGCGUGAAAAAAGAUGGGCUCGGUUCGGAGGGGAAGCUGCCACCUCGGAAGGAUAGACGGUACAUUGUAGUGGGAGGAUCAGGAUUUCUUGGAGGCCAGAUCAUUUUGCAUCUCUUGGCCAUGGGGACGCCGCCUGAAGCCAUCCGCAUCUUGGAUGCGCGUCGGCCGUUUACCUUUAGGAAAGAGUUUUCUCAGGGAGCACCGUCAAAGGUGGCAUACAUUCAGACUGACAUCACCAACGAGGCGGCAACACUCAAGUCGUACGAUGCCCCUUGGCCUGAAGCUGUGGCUGGCCUGCCGCUCACCGUCUUCCAUACGGCGGCUGUGAUUCGGCCAUUUGAUCGAUACAAGAUUCUCUACGAGCGCACCUCUCGGGUAAACAUCACCGGCGCGGUGCAUUCACUUGAGGCAGCAAAGAAGGCCGGUGCCAGCGUCUUCAUCUACACGUCUAGUUCCAACGCGGCUUUGAAGCAGGUGAAGUGGCUUUUCGCGCCUUGGGGAGCCACACAGCAGCCCGAGGGAUUUAUACAGAACCUGAGCAACGAAGACUUUUUCGAGCCACUGCGGCAACCACACGAAUUCCCUUCCAUUUAUGCACAGAGCAAAGCUGAAGCCGAGAGGCUGAUAUGCGGCGCGAACGAAGCAGAUGUCGGUGCCGGGGCUCCGGCUCUACUUACAGGAGUGAUUCGUCCCGGCAACCCCGUCUAUGGACACAAAGACGACAACAUUGCAGGUAAAAUGUUGGCGCUUGGAGGAUUUCCUUCGUGGGUGCCCGCCAAUGUGCAGAACUGGAUCAAUGUGCACAACGCAUCGCUUGCGCAUUUGCAAUACGAACACGCGCUGCUUGGCGAGCAUGGGGGAAAAGUUGCCGGCCGGCCAUUUAUUGUUACAGAUAAGGGAAAGCCCGUCCGCUUCCAAGACAUCUAUACGGUACUGGACAGCGUGAGCACGACGGGCAUGAAGGUCAGCUACCCACCACCGGUGCUGAUCCUGAUGUUUUCGUACGUGGUGGAGUGGUAUGCUCUGCUGGUGAAUGCGGUGCCGCUGCUGGGCAAGGUUUUGAGUGAGCCAGUAGGGGAUAUACAGUGGCUGCAGCCGGGUGUUCAUGCGACGAGCUUACACUACCUCAUCGACGAUUCGGAAGCGAAGAAGAAGCCGGCGGAUGGCGGAAUUGGAUACACGCCGUGCUGCACGACUGUUGAGGGAUUGUGUAGCCAGGUUGUGGAUUGGAACGAGUGGGUUGAGGAGGAAAAGAAGCUGAAGUAG